GAUUCUGUCGGCUGCAGACAGUGCAAAGGGCACAGUCACUAGUUUGGCUGUUAGGUUUAUAUUCAACAGUAGCUAUGUUGCAAUGGUACGUUCCUCCUGAACAGGCAUUUGUAGGAAGCGUGUCGACUUGCAGAUGAGAAUUCCCCUUCGCUCCUGUUGCAUCUUCAGGAGUUUCAUAUCUCAGAAACAAACGUUAAACACACAGCGGCGAGGCUUAAGCGGCGCAGCGAUGCGUUUAGUGCAGUUUUGUCGCCCAGGUGACGGAGAUGAUGUCAGAGUUGGAGUGGAGCAAGGCGAGGGGCUAAAUGUGGUGGAUCUGAAGGCGUUUGACUCCUCUAUGCCUUCAACUGUGAGAGAGCUGCUGCAGCUGGGAGACAAAGGGCUGGAGUGUGCACAAAGAGCUCUGGCGUCCGGCCAGUUUGUGGUUGAAAGAGCAAACAUCCAGCUGCUAUCCCCCAUCGUGGCCCCAGAGAAAGUGGUGUGUGUGGGCAUGAACUACCGGGACCAUUGUCUGGAGCAGAAUGCCCCAAUCCCUGAAGAACCCAUCAUCUUCAGCAAGUUCCCCAGUGCCAUCACGGGUCCGUAUGACGACAUUAUUCUGCCCCCAGAGAGCCAGGAGGUGGACUGGGAGGUGGAGCUGGCCUUUGUGAUUGGACGAAGAGGAAAACACAUCAAGGAGGAAGACGCUCUCUCCCACGUGGCCGGGUUCGCCGUGGCGAAUGACGUGAGCGCUCGCGACUGGCAGUUUAAGCGCAACGGGAAGCAGUGGCUGCUGUCGAAAACGUUUGACAGCUUCUGCCCUCUCGGACCCGCCCUAGUAACUAUUGAUGCUGUGAAAGGUGAAAGAGAAAGAGGAGGAGGACGGAGGCAAUCUGAUCCUCAUAACUUGGGGAUCCGCUGCCUGGUUAACGGGGACACUGUGCAGAGCAGCAACACCAGCCAGAUGAUCUUCAAGACUGCAGCGCUGAUUGCUUGGGUCUCAAAGUUUGUGACAUUAACUCCAGGAGACGUGUUCCUGACGGGAACUCCUCCUGGUGUGGGCAUUUUCAGGAACCCACCCGUCUUUCUUAAGAGAGGCGAUGUGGUGGAGUGCCAGAUUGACCAGAUCGGCUCCAUCAUCAACAAGGUGGUUUAAACUCAACAGGAAACUGAAAAAUAAAAAAAAAUACAUUAAGU